AUGAAAUCGCUCGUGGACCUCGCCGUGGCUGCCGUUGCGCGCUGGACGCCCGUGCAGGAGCUCCUCGUCUACGUCGAGUACCUGCCCACAGCCAUCCGCGCCCAGCUCUUCCACCGGUUGUCCGACUUUCGGCUGCGUGAGAUCGAGAUCGCGUGGGAAGCAGCUGCCAAAGCAGGUGAAGUCCGAAAGGAACCGCGUGACGGGUUUGACCCGUUGGCUGGUGACAAGUUCCUGUUCGACCAAGAGACGCAGCGCGUGUGGGAGCGCCGGAUGAAGGCAGCGUGGGUGGGCGACGAAACGAUGAUCUCUGUCGAGAACUCGGCUGCUGCACAGGAGCGUCGACGCAAUUACCGGCUCGUGUUCUGGGAGCACCAGUUCCGCACGUUGCUCAAGCUGCGGGGACCAGAAGCUGUGGACGUCCUCGCUGACUACCAGAAGCUCUUUGUGGAUGUCGUUGAGGUGCUCAAAGUGCACGGUCGAGAGGUCUGCGAAGACAACGUGCAGCUUAUCUUGGCCCUGCGGCAGCUCCGGAGACUGGAAGUUCACCACCCGGAACAGCGACAAACUUGCUGGAAGACGAUGGGACGGUUGCUGCAGGAUCACCAGCAGCUGACGGAGCUAGGGUUCUUCCACGGCAAGCUAAGUGAUGUGCAGAUUGCACAACUUCACACGACGUUGGUGAAGCCAAUGCCGACUUUGGAGACGUGUCUAGAUACCAGGAAACUCACGACGCUGGAGGUAGUCUCGGUGAAGAUGCGACCUGAAGGAUAUCGCCAGUUGGUGCGUCUAGUGACUGACAUGCCGCACUUACGUCAGCUGAGGGUGAGCAACUCGAUAUCGGAUUUUGACACGAAGUGGAUGGUAGAUGCAGCAUUACAAGCCCCAAAACUGGAGCGGCUCUUCUUGGAGCACAACGAGCUGGAUGACGGUGCGUUUAUUAGCCUCGCAACGCUACGGCAGCCACUGGUGUUGCGCCACCUUCGUCUCAACGAUAAUGACGUGUCGUCUACGACGGUCGGGGCAAUCUGUCGCGCGAGUAUGGAUGGCGUGCUGAAUCUUGACCGUCUUGAGCUGGCAAACAAUGUACAGAUUGGCGACCCGGGUAUACAUGCACUGACACCUAUGCUCGCCUCUCCUGACGUUAAGCCGGCCGUUGUGCUGACUCACCUGGACGUUCGUUCCUGCAAUUUUGGCCUCGAAGGUGUCACCAAUCUGCUGCUAGCUCUGGGCCAGAACAAGACAGUCACGCAUUUGAAUGUCGCUCACAACUUCUUCGACGUUGGGUUUGGCGAUGUGCUUGCAGAUUUUCUGUUGACCAAUGACUGCGUCACACAUUUACAAAUGAAUGGUGUUGGAUUAGGGCUACCGGGAGUGUCUGUUAGGCUCUUGACAGCAGUGGAGAGCAACACCGCACUUACAUCUCUUUCGGUAGGAGCGAAUCGGCUGCGGAAUGAUGGCGCAAUUGCACUCCUACGAGCACUCGCAAAGCGGGCCCAGACAAAGCCGUUCGCGCUUGUUGACCUGAGUGGAAACUUACUCACAGUGAGCGGUCUUGCGGGGAUCGCAGACAUCAUGAGACAAUCAUCCUAUACUGAUGCCACACAUGCCGACGUCACCGAACGAGACAAAGUGGUGUGGAGGAACCGAAAGCGUCGACGAGUCGACAGUUCCGAUGGGAGCCAAGACUCCUCGAAUCUGCACGGCAUCGCAAAGAUGCUCUUCAAAGAGUUCUGCCUGCUAAAUAACGACUUUGCUGGUAACGACGAGCAAGAGAUCGAAAGCGCGACGCUCAUAGAGUCCAUCCGACGACUUGUGGGCCAUCUCAAGAGCAACGUGUGGGCAACACGACCCCAAGUGUACGAUGACGAAGUGUAG